CUUAAUACAUUUCAGUCUCUAGAUAGACUAACAUUAUCUCAGAUCAUGGAUAUUCAUGAAGAAGAUGAAAGAUUGAAAGGGCAGGUAGAAAUAUGGGAGCACAUGUUUGCGUUUGUCGAUUCAAUGGCAUUGAAAUGUGCUGUUGAACUUGGUAUUCCCGAUAUCAUAAACUCUCAUGGUCAUCCCAUCACAAUAUCAGAGAUUAUCAACAACUUACCAGCAACCACAUCAUCAUCUCCAUCAGUUGACUAUCUUACCCGUGUUAUGAGAUUAUUGGUUCGCAAGCGCAUAUUUUCUUCACAGAUUGAUCAAGAAACCAAUCAAAUUUAUUACGAUUUAACUCCAUCGUCCAAAUGGUUGUUGAGAGAUUCUAAAUUUAGUUUAGCACCGUUUGUUUUGGCGCAACUUGAUCCGUGGCUACAGAAACCAUGGCAAUACAUGGGAAAAUGUGUGAAAGAAGGUGGUUUCCCUUUUGAAAAGGCUCAUGGAGUUGAGAUUUGGGAUUUGGCUUUAGCUAAUCCACAAUUUAACAACCUUUUUAAUGAUGCAAUGAGAUGUACAACUGAGAUAAUAAGCAACGCCUUGUUGGUUAAGUACAAAGAUGGAUUCAGUGGUAUUGAAUCGUUGGUUGAUGUUGGUGGGGGGACUGGGAUAAUGAUCACCGAGAUUGUUAAGGCUAAUCCACAUAUUAGAGGUAUCAAUUUUGAUCUACCUCAUGUAGUCGAUACAGCACCUGAACAGCAAGGAAUUGAGCACGUUGGCGGUGAUAUGUUUGUUCAUAUUCCCGAGGCGGAUGCUGUCAUCAUGAAGUGGAUAUUGCAUGACUGGGGUGAUGAAGACUGCGUAAAGAUCUUGAAUAAUUGUCGUAAGGCAAUGGCAAGGAAGAAGAAUGGAAGAGUUAUCAUUGUUGAUUGUGUACUUCGACCAGAUGGAGAUGGCUCAUUCGAUAACACAGGAUUGGCAUUUGAUCUAGCGAUGAUUGCAGCUACUUCAGGUGGAAAAGAAAGAACCGAAGUUGAAUGGAAGAUAUUAUUGAACAAUGCAGGCUUCCCUCGCUACAAUAUAAUUCCAAUUCCUGCAUUUCCUUCCAUCAUUGAGGCCUUUCCAGAAUAAAUAUGGAAAAGUUAUAUGAAUAACAUUAGAAAACAAUACUCCCUCGGUUCUUUUUUAAUAGGUCAUAAAUAAAAGUUUCAAAAAAAUAAGUCAGUUUCCUAAUUGAGAAAUGUAAAUGUUAUUUUUAUUUUUUGGGACCAUUUUUCUCUUAACUUCCUUAAAUUUUGCUAA